AAGUAGGUAACACUGAGUUAGCAGUGUGUGCAAGCACUGUAAAAGUCUUGACCUCACACACAUGAUAUUUCCUGAGGGAGACGUAUGGAGUGGAGGGAGACAAUAUGGAUGGAACUUAGGUGCAGACAUUACAAGGAGUCACCUGGAUAACAGUCAAUCACUAGGAACAUCAACAAAAAGCCCUGUUAACAGUCUUAGUGGGCAAAAGGCCUUGAUUCAAUGGGACCACAUUAUGCUGGGGUGGGGGCAAGGUGCUGUGCUGUCAUAAAGUUUCUAAUUAUGUCCCAUAAGCCAUCCUCCCUCUUGUGAAGGUCCAACAAUGCCGAAGCAGCCUUUGCCAUGCUUACAAGAUUUAAAAAUUCAUCCAGCCAUUUCAGGAUGUUAAAACAGUCGGGGUUUCUAACUUUCCAAUUCAUGAGUAUUAUACGUUUAGUUGCAGGACAUGCGAGUGAGACAAUUUUUUGUGCAGUUGAAGAGUUAAUGCCAAUCGGUUGAACACCUAACAGGCAUGUAGCUGGAGAAAGGGUCAGUUUAGUAUUUAAAAUUUGGGGCACUGUGGCUUUGACUGCAUCCCAGAGGGCCUUGACAGCAGGACAGAACAAAAGGGAGUGGGCCAGGGUGCCUACCUCCCCACAGCCAUGCCAGCAUAGGUCUGAAACAGAGUUAUCCAUCUUUUUUAGCUUAUAGGGCAUGAUGUAAACUCUAUGUAAGAUUUUAAAAUUGAUAAUCCUGAAACGUGCACAUUUAGUAAAAGAUAGAGAGUUAUUCCAAAUUCUGUCCCAUUCAUGCUGGGAGAGUGAGAUACCUAAAUCUUCCUCCCACCUUGUCUGAGCCCUAGUGUUGGUAUUGGAGGACGAUAGGAGUAGUAAUUUUCAAUGCCUGAGACCAGACCUUUUCCACCCACAAGUUUUUUUAGGGUUUUGUUUAAGUGUUCACGACUACACACACUUGAUCCUUUUGAGGAUAUUUUGGUAAUAACAGCCUUAAGCUGGAGAUAGGAGAGGAAAUUGGAAUUAUUCAUAUUAAACUUCGAUAACAUUUCAGAGAAAGGUAUCGUGGUGUUAUCCUUCACAACUUGCCCUAAAGUAUGUAAUCCACAAUUUUUCAUAGAAGAAAUGUUUAAAGGGUGGCCGCUUGCUGAAAUAAGAGGGUUACUCCAUAGUGGGCAGGAGGGAAGGGAGCUCCCCACAAUGCCUAGCCUUCUGUGCACGAGCUUCACUAUGCCAAUGGAGCACCUAAUUACUGGAUUGUCUAUGCCUGCCAUAUCUUUAGGACAGUACCAUAAUGAUGUUGCUGCUCGAGUAUUGCAGAGGAGCCCCCAUGUGUUGGAAAUGAAUAAUCAAAAAUACCAUCUGACAGUGAAAGCACCUGAGCAUACUGAGGUGGAUUUACCAGUGGAGGCAACAGUAAAUUUAAGUACUUUCCCCGAUGAGGCAGAGGUGCGAAGAAUCCUCAGGUCACAUGGCUUUGAGUUGACAGAUCUGAGCGGCGAUCAGGUGCGUGUCAAGGGGUCGUUUUUGAAACUGAAGGCUGUGAAGGCGUCUUUGGAGCAAAUUCUUCAAGCGCAAACUAAGACAGACAUCAGGCCCGUCCCAACGGUUUCCUCUGGAGCCAUUUCCAAACACUACAACAGUAACAGGUUGAUGUCAAAUGGUGGCAGAGGCCGAGACAAACCUCAGCAUGCCUCUCCAUCUUCACCCACCACCUCCUCAUCUUGGGCGCCCUUCAAACAUCUAACCCUGCGUGGCUCACUCAGGUCUGGAAGGGAGUCCUUUGUCGUUGAUGCAGAUGUGUUUAGCUACGCAGACCGACUCAGGAAAAGAGACAUUGACACAAUCCUGGUCAGCCAUGAUGUUAGAAUGGAUGUGCGUGAAGUUGGUGACAGCUGCAACAUCACUUUACUGGGGAAUGGCUCGAGGAAAGCUGUGGGUAAACUUCAGAGCCUCCUGAAUGAUCUCAACAAGUCGCUGCGCACACAGGAAGUUCCUCUGAAACAUGUGGAUCAUGAUGGCCAGGCUCUUUUGGAGAGAAUUCGGAAAGACAAAAACGUGUACAAUUUAGUGCUGGUAUGUCAGAAGAAUGAUCACCUUCACCUGAUCGGACCAUCUGGUGAGAGCUACGAAUUACAGCAGAGGCUGUUAGGGAGGACGGCUGACCAGUCGGGACGUACAGGAAGGACAUCGUACAGAAGCUCCAGUAGGAGGAGCAGCUCUCUGCCACCACUCAGUCGCAAGCACACAGAAAGAGAUAGUGGUGCCAAUGCUAAUCCAUCUCCUGCAGGAGCUGCUGGUUACUCUCCGCCACACUACCAAGAUGAUAAACAGAAAGCUGCUGAGGCCAAGCAGGCUUUUGGUCGAGGAGGUUGGAAGAGAAGAAGCCACUCUGAGACCCACGACAAAACCCGGGCACAAAGGGUUAACGAGCAAGAGACAGAAAGCAGACGUCCACCUCCUAGAUCAGCCAAGAAAUUCUUCAUGGAAUUAAUAAAUUUCAAAGAUAUAAAGAAAAAGUUUAAAAAUAUGAAAAAAUGACAAAAGAGCAAUGAAGUAAUGUUCACGAAGGUAGAAAAACAGCACUGAAACUUUACUCAUCUUGUCUCAGGUUACAUCUUAAGCACUACUUUUUGACCAUGCAUAAAUACCUGCUGUAUGCCAUACUGAGUAAUAGGUUUGAGUAUGCAGGUGCAUGGCGUUGUAUCCUAAAGUGUGAUUGAUACUGGAUUCUGGAGGCCAAUAGCAAUACUGAUAUUUGACCGUAGCAUAAAGACUGGAAAUGAGGACACAACUUGCUCUGUCCAAAGGUAACCAGCCCUGCCUACCAGCACCUUUUAAGCUCAUUAAAGCUGGGGUAGGUAGAAAUCUGGAGGAGGCAAAAACGUGCACAAUUUGAAAAUCCACCCUCCUCCUCCUACUCCUCCCUCUCUGUAAGCCCCUCCCACCAGACAACCACAGACAUACGCAUUUCAUACAGUAACCCAGUGUUUCCUAUAUAUUAAUUUAUUUGAUCCUGUUUCAUGAUAGAGUUUCAUGAUAGAGGUAGACACUCCACUGUCAUGUCGCCUCACUCCCUACCGCUGUGGACUGCUUCCUCAGGAGGAGAGAGAGUGGCAAUAGUCAGUGCAAACCCCCCAGCGGCAGGUGUUACAGCAGGCUGGUGGCCAGUGGAAUCAUCAGGUCUAACCUGUGUAACAGCAGCAACAGAAAGUUUGCUGAUCCAGUGCUGUUCAGUUCCCUGGAGCUGAGGUUUGUGUUGGCUGGAUUCAGGUUGCUGCGGCCUCUGACUGGGGGUCCAUCUCUGGAGCUCCUGCCAGCUCUCCUCCAGGUGAGGUAGAGAACACAGCGAUUUAAGGCUCUAGGUAAUGUUAGCAACAUUUUCUUUCCAUCUCUAUUAGACUCUCUUUUAGAUCCUCUUUUUGAUAACUCCUUUUUUGCAUUGCUCUGCAGUGUAGGCAGUUGUUGCCAAUGCUGGAACAUCAGCUUUUUCUGAAGAUUCUUCGCCAUUGAAUCAGGAUUUCCCUGCAUGCAUCUGCAUUUAAGAGCAGCCAAUAGGAGCGCCCUCCCUGAAAAAUCUCCUGUCACUGCUUAAAUUUUUUAAAGCCUGAAAAAAGAGCCAAGAGGAGGUGCAGAAGUCUAGUGUUCUCUCAGACCACUUGAAUUACAAUAUGUUAUAAGUCUAUUAUAAUAUUUUGGCCCAAUGAAUCCAAAAUAAAACUGCCCAACCCAGCUUUAAUUAACACUUUAUAUCUUGUCUGUUCAAGCUGUGGCAUUUUUGGGGUCAUGUGCUUUGACAGUUUCCUGGAGAGAGCAAGGAUAGCUGUUUCUACAGCUGUAUAAUAUACCGUAUUUGUAUUAAGCUACAAUUAGUUGAUAAGCCAUACAGAUAUAUCGAUUGUGCCUUGUAGUUUGGUUUGGACUUUUUUUAUUCAGCUCUGCUUAAUGAUUAUAGUUGAAGUGAAAAAUACAAAUUGAUCUGUCAGAUUGAUGAAUGUUGUUGUCAUGUAGUGCAAUAUACUGAUUUAGACUCAUGAUGAUGACUCUGAUGUCAAAAUAUUCAUUGUAUUUGAAUAAUACAUUAUUCGACAUCUUCUGUCACAAGAACAAUCAGUUAUUUGAAGCCUGUGACUGACUUCUCUUGCAAAGUUGUAUUUCACCAUUGCUAGUUGCUUGCAGUGUAAUGACUGGUGAUCGGGAAAUUAUAAACUGAAUGGCUUAAAAUGUAAUGUGUGUAAAUGGGAAAACACUAACAUUAAUAUUAUGGGUAAUCUGAAGGAUCUUUGAGUGUUAAAUAAAUGUGAUAAUGAGAAUAA